AUGGUCGCAGCCCUUGGGGACAAAGAAUGGCUGUUGAUGCACACGGACGACUUGUGUAUGUUUGAGCAGAAGUUGUGGGAAAUGCUUGUAGGGCCCGCGCCGCUAGCAUUUCUUGAAGCUUGCGUUUGGCAGCGGCGUGCUUCUCCCGCCUCCGCUUUUCAGAGCAUGGCUUACGUGUACUUUGCCUUGCAAUCCUCGGAUUGGCAGGAGAUCUUGGCUGACCUUCGAUACAUGAGCCCGGACAGAGUGCAGAUUCGCCACCGCAACACAUCAGGUGGGCAGUCACUGGCAUCUUCCCCUGCAGAGGAUGCCCUCUUGCGCUUUGGACGGAGCCUGAACUACAACCUUUCUGGCGACCACAACCGAGCGGUUAAAGGAGGGCACUUGGACUUUUCGUUCGCUGUUCUCCAGAUCCAGAUCUCCCCCGAUGCAAUGACCGACCCUUUUGUGCUCAACAAUGGGAAGGUGCGGGCUUCCGGUUUCCACUUGGGCAAGCACACCCCAUCUCCGGACGCUUUGGUGGGCCUGCAGGGGAGUGACAAGGAACCCAAAUGGUCAGUUGUGGUCAGGUCAGUGAUCAUGUGCGCCCAGACCGAGGCAGUUUGGACUUGCAGAGCCUCAGGCUUGUCCGUCCACGAAACACCGACAUGGACUGUGUAUGCGGUGCUGGACAAGAGCAGCCAGGACCAGCUGCUCAAGGACAAGUGGUGGGAGCAGAACCUGGUGAGGGACUUUGCUCCACUCUUCGACUACAUGCAGCGCAAUGUGCCCAAGAAGCUGCGACUGCCCUGUGGAUCAGGGGUGGUGCUGUUCACUGGCAAAGAACAGGCCUCUAUCAUGGCGUGCCUCUUUGAGAAGGAGGUGAAGACGACGCCCUACACUUUGGAGCUGGCCCUGCCAGCAGUGGCCAUUCCUACAAGCAAGGAGGACUUUUGCCUGACACUGGAUUCCUUUUCGAAGAUCCAUGCUCCUGUGGACUUUGUCGUCGCACGAGGUGCAACCAGCAUGACGACCCCGACGGUCGAGAUCGGCAAGCGACUGAUUAAGAUGUCCGUGUCUUGCUGUGCCGCCAAGACCUGUGUCACGACCGAUGGCUUGGGACCUCUGAUGAAGCUUGCUGACAUCGUGAAGCCACAUGACUCGGCAAGGACGGCAAAAGCGAUUCGCUCUUUGGAAGAUGAGGUCAUUGCAGCUGCAGUUCGGAUGAGCGAGCUGAAAAGCAAGCUCGAGAUCUUGAAGGCGACUGAGGACUCUGAGGACAAUGAAGCAUCGACUGGCCAUACGAAGGAGGCGAUUGAGGACAAGAAUCCGGCCAAGAAGCUGAAGCAGUCUGGGACGAAGCAUGACAUUGACAUCAUGUGA